AAUACUUUCUCUUUCUGUUUGGAAUUGGAAACACUUUUAUCAAAGUUUUGAAGAUGGAUAAAAAUAAAUAUGUUUGAAACUUACGAUGUGAUCAAUCUAAGAAUGGCAUAUAUAAUAUGUGGAGAUUUCGAUUUAUUAUUCAAAAUCACAUAAGAUUUGUGUGUACAGAAAAUGUGAAAAUGACGUCAAAAAAGGCUGCUAUCAAUGAGAAGCCUAAAGGUAAGACUGGAGGUUUUCGCCGUUCAGAAUCAGUUAUGCCUCCAGGAAUUAAUAUAAGGAAACCAUCUAGUGCUGUCAUAUCAUCACCAGAAUCUGUCACGCCUCCAGCAAUUAAUAUUAGGAAACCAUCUAGUGCUGCCAUAUCAUCUUCAGAAUCUCUCAUGCCUCCAGGAAUUAAUAUAAGAAAGCCAUCUAAUGCUAGUAUACCACCUUCAGAAUCUCUCAUGCCUCCAGGAAUAAGUAGUAGGAGACCAUCAAGUGCUGCUCUAUCAUCCAAUUCUAAUGAGCUAGAUGCAUGUGUAAAAGAAGGUCCAAAAGUUUUCCGCCGCAGUUCCAUGAUCUGCUCUGAAGGUUUUGAUAAAUAUACAUAUGAUUGUCAUAAACAGGAUAUGCCUGUUCAACCAGGAUCUGAUUUAACUGAAAAAAACACAGGAGGACAAAAUUUAAAUAACAGGAAUGUGAUUGACAGGGACUUGGUUGAAAUGAAUUUAGCCCAUAGGAAUGUAGUUGAAAACAAUUUACCUGAAAGGAAUUUCGUCGAAAGGGAUAUUCCUGAAAGAAGAGCUGUAGCUGAGAGGAACUUGAUGGAAAUGAACAUGACCAAUAGGAACAUGAAUGAAAGAAAUUUCAUAGGAAGGAAUGCGACUGAUCAGAAUUUACUUGAAAGAAAUAUUGCAGAAAGAAGAAAUUUAUCUGAACGGCCAGUUGAAAUGAAUCUACCUAAUAGGAAUUUGAUUGACAGAAAUUUAAUUGAUAGGAACAUGGCUGAAAGAAGAAGUCUAGCAGAACGAACUCCAGUGGAAAUGAAUUUAUCUAAUAUGAGCUUGACUGAAAGAAAUUUAAUUGAUAGGAACACGGCUGAAAGAAGGAGUUUAGCAGAGCGGAAUCAAAUGGAAAUGAAUUUAUCUAAUAGGAGCAUGGUUGAGAGAAGGAAUUUAACAGAAAGGAACCAAAUGGAAAUGAACUUACCUAAUAGAAGCUUUGGUGAAAGAAAUUUGAUUGCAAGGAACAGGGCUGAAAGAAGCCCAAUUGAAAUGAACAUGGCAGAAAGAAGAAGAUCAGCUGAAAGAAACCCAAUUGAAAUGAGCAUGCCUGUUAGGAACAUGGCUGAGAGAAAUGCAGUUGAAAGAAACAUAUCGGAAAGGAGAAGCUUAGCUGAGCGAAGUCCAGUUGAAAUGAAUAUAUCUAAUAGAAAUUUAGUGGAAAGGAACAUGGCUGAAAGAAGGAGUUUAACUGAAAGAAGUCCAGUUGAAAUGAAUGUAUCUAAUAGAAAUUUAAUGGAAAAGAACAUGGUUGAAAGAAGGAGUUUAGCUGAAAGAAGUCCAGUUGAAAUGAAUGUAUCUAAUAGAAAUUUAGUUGAAAGGAACAUGGUUGAAAAAAGGAGUUUGGCUGAAAGAAGUCCGGUUGAAAUGAACGUAUCUAAUAGAAAUUUAGUGGAAAGGAACAUGGUUGAAAAAAGGAGUUUUGCUGAAAGAAAUCCGGUUGAAAUGAAUGUAUCUAAUAGAAAUUUAGUGGAAAGGAAUAUAGCUGAAAGAAGUCCAGUUGAUAGAAAUUUAGUGGGAAAGAACAUGGCUGAAAGAAGGAACUUAGUUGAAAGGGGUCCAGUUGAAAUGAACUUAUCAAAUAGAAAUUUAAUGGAAAGAAGGAGCUUAUCUGGAGGAAGCCCAGUUGAAAUGAAUGCAUCUAAUAGGAAUUUAUUGGAAAGGAAUGCGGUUAGAAGGGAUAUGUCUGAAAGAAAGGGAUUCAUGGAUGGAAAUAUGACAGAUAGGAGCCUGGUUGAAAGGGACUUCAUUGGAAGGAAUAUGAAUGAAAGGAAUUCUGUUCAAAUGAACGUGGUAAAUAAGAACUUGCCAGAAAGGAAUGCAGCAGAACGAAAUAGUUUAGCUGACAGAAAUAUGGCUCAAAGAAGCUUUGUUGAAAUGAAUAAGACUAAUAGAAGCUUGGUUGAAAUGAACAGGAUUAAUAGGAGCUUAGAUGAAACGAACAUAAAUAAUAGGAGCUUAGGUGAAAUGAACAUGACUAAUAGGAACAUGGCAGAAAGAAACUUUGUUGAAAGAAAUAUGGCUGAUAGAAGGAGUUUAGCUGAAAGGGGAUUGGCUGAAAGGAAUAUGGCUGAUAGAAGAAGCUUGGCUGAAAGGAAUAUGGCUGAUAAAAGCAGCUUAGUGGAGAGGAAUAUGGCUGGUAAAGGUUCCCAUAGCAAUACGAUUGAAAGAAAUUUGAUAGAAAAGACCAAUGAUCCAAUUAUUCCAAUUUCUUCUACUAAACCAACAUCUAUUUUAAAAAAGAAAACUGUCAGUAUUAAAAGUCCUCUUGUGAAAAGAGAUUCUGUUGUACAUCCUGGGAGAGUUGAUAUGCAACCAUCUCUUUGCAUUAGUGGCAGAUUUCAGAAUCCUUGGCCAACAUGGAGACCUCCUUCAUUUACAAAUAUUCUAAAAUUUGGUCUUUCCAAAGAUAAUAGCAAAGUUCCACCAAAACAAGAACUGGAUCUAGUUUUGCCUAUUGUUAAACAAAAUUUCUCAAAGUUACAAAUUCCAGAUGAUGGAAUACGUGUUACGUGGAUGGGACAUUCCACAGUUCUAGUUCAAAUGCAUGGUUUAAAUGUUUUAACUGAUCCUAUGUUUAGUGAUCGUGCUUCUCCUAGUCAAGUUGUUGGUCCUAAAAGAUACAGAGAUCCUCCUUGUUCAAUUCAUGAUCUUCCUCAUAUCAAUGCUGUUGUAAUUAGUCAUUCUCAUUAUGAUCAUUUGGAUCUGAAUACUGUGAUCCUUUUAAAUGCAAGGUUUGGAACAGAUAUUCGUUGGUUUGUGCCUCUAGGACUACAGACAUGGAUGCAGCAAGUGGGCUGUGAAAAUGUAGUUGAACUUGACUGGUGGGAAGAAAACUGUGUUCCUGAGCACAGUGAUACUUUUUUUGUCUUCACUCCUGCUCAACAUUGGAGCAAGCGUACAAUAGCUGAUGAUAAUAAGGUGUUAUGGGGCAGCUGGUGUAUAUUAGGUCCAAGAUAUAGAUUUUUUUUUGCUGGUGACACUGGAUACUGUGAUGUUUUUAAGCAAAUUGGUCGAGUGCAUGGACCUUUUGAUUUAAGUGCUAUUCCGAUUGGAGCUUAUGAACCAAGAUGGUUUAUGAAAUAUCAGCAUAUUAAUCCUGAAGAGGCUGUUCAGAUACACUUAGAUGUUCGCAGUAAACGAAGCUUAGCUGUUCAUUGGGGUACAUUUUGUCUGGCUAAUGAGUAUUACCUGGAUCCUCCUCGAAAAUUACGAGACAGUUUAGAUAAGCAAGAAAUCCCUCCUGAAUUUUUCUUCACUCUUAAGCAUGGAGAAAGUCGCUUGAUUGCUCAAAACAAUCUAGUCAAACGGGACAAUACACACGUGAUCAAUAAUUAUAGCAAAUAACAAAUGUUGUUAAAUUUAUAGAUGAACUGUAUUUUUAAAAUAUUUUAUGAAUUGAAGCUUUUAAAGUCGAAUAAGCCUUCAUUUUUUUAUGUGAUUUAUCUGCUCCUUCAGCUUUUUCUGCUGCAAACUUCAUGGUAUUGUGUGAUAAAGCAGAGUGUUGACUGUAAAUAAAAUAUUUUAGGAACAAACUUAAUUAACAAAAGUGUGACUUCUAUUUUCGAAAAAAUUGUCGAAUAAUACAAUUGAGAUUGUCCAUCUGAAUUUUAUUCUGAAACGGGCUGUACAAUAUUUUAAUUAGCUUUGAAGAACUAUCUUAAAUAAACUGAAUUAAAGAACUUAGAGAAAUUAAACGAAAAGUUGAUUUCUCUUUAUGAACAAUGUUUUUUUAAUAAUACUAAAUUUAUCACAAAUAUAAGUAUUUUUGACAUAUUCGUAAAAUAAUUUAAAAUUUUUUAAAGAUAUUGAUUACUGGUUGAUUGUAUAUUUAUUACAUAAAAUAAAUAUAUAACAGAACUAUUUGUAAAUAGUCGGUUUCAUAAAAUGCUAAUUCAGGUAGUGCGCAUAUUAUAUUUUGUGUACUGUAAAAUGGAGAAAUGUGUAAUAAUUGCCAAAAUGUUUUCUCUCAGUAUUAGUAAAUUAAGCCGUCACUUAAAAGGUGCUCUGUUCCUCAAAUAUACAGGAAGCAUCAGUUAGUAAGCUGUGAUGUGUCUUGGUAAUUUUUUAAAAAGUGCCUUGAAUCUAUUUAAUUUAAAAAUCAACCUCUGUCAAGAGUAAUUGCUUUUAUCUUUUAAAGAAACAUUUAAAACGAUAUUUUUAUACCAAAGUAUAACAUUGUAUAGUUUGAUAUGUAAAUAACGGUGAUUGUGAGGAUAGUUAAAUAUAUUAUGUUUUAAUUGUUGUGAUCUUUUUCUUUUCUUUUUUGUUGAUAAAAAUUUACUGUUAUGUUUUUAUUAAGUCUUUUAAUGCCAGGAAGAUAUAGAUCGUAAGACAAAAAAAUUCUCGAAGUGUUUUUUUUUCUGUCUCUAAAAUCCUGAUUUACAAAUAUUUCUCUCAAUCUUUCUUUGCAUAUAUUGUGUAAGCCAACAGAAGAUCGAGUCAAAAAAAUAUUUCUAAUCUUUUUUCAUUUUUGAAACUCAUUUCAAUUUAUUCUUAACUUAAAUAGUUUCAUUGCGAACAUUUGCUAUAAUCUAGCAAUUUUAAAUUAAAAAUAUUGUGAAAAAUAUAAAACUUGUUUAAUAAUUUCUCGACUAAAUGUUUUGUUAAUUGUGUUUUUAUAUUGGCUCACAGAAAAUAUGAUCAUUAAGAGAGAAAUAUCUUAUUGCUGUUUUACAAAACGAUAUUUAAGAUCGUUUUUUAUUUAUACAAUUAAAUAAGCUUUGUUUUUCAAAAUAAAUGUUAUAAAUAUAUGUUUAUUUUUACAAUAUGUUCAUGUAUAUUAUCUCUUACAAUACGUUUUAUGGAUUGUUAGAUUAUGCUGUUAAGUUUGAAUGGAGAAAUAAAAUGAAUAUUAAUUUUAAAAAUUGUAUAUCUUAUUAGAUUAUUUCCUUAUUCCUUAUGCAAAUGCAGUUGAUACUUAAUAUACCUUCUUUUGCUGAUUAAUUUUUGUUUUACUGUCGUAUUCAUAAUGUUGUAUGAAUAUAUUUAUUUUUUGUCAUAGUAUGUGUAUGAUUUGUUUUCCGAAUACAGGGGUGGAGAAUAGACCUUUUGAUUUUAGUCAACUAAUGUAUAUGGUUUCUGCAUUAUCAUAAGAGAAUUUUCUAAUUGACAAUUAGACAUCCUCUUACUGAUAUAUAUUUAUAAAUUUGAGAGUAGUAUUGGUUUUUCUUUUCAUUUCAUUAUGUUGAUGUCCUAAAAUAUAAAAGUAUUUGAGCAGCCUUUUGAGAAUCUUAUAUAUUAAGAAAACAUUUUUGAAAUAAUCUGUUAGUUAUUAAUGCUCUGUACCGUCCAUUGUCUUGUUCGAAAGUUACUGUUAAUGUGUCCGUUUGUUGAUAUUUGCCAAGUAGUAUAUGUUGUCAUUAAAGGUUUUUGAAUAAGGCAUAUCAAAUUUGCCAGUGUUUCAGCCAAAUUCGUGAAGAAAGGUAUUUUAUCAUAUAAGAGUGCGAUAUAUUGCAAAAGUAUUUUCAUUUGCUUUUUACAACAUAAAAAGAUUAGUAUCAAAGUUACUGAUAUGCAGUUGCAAGUAUAUUUAAAAGAUAAUAUAAAGCGCUGUUCAUUCAAGCUAUUUACUGCAUAUAUGUUUAACUAAUUAUAUCACUACAUGCAUGUCCAGUACAGUCUUCCAAAAAUGCAAGCAUUAUGUGUAAAUUGCAUUGUGAUUUAUGUAGUAUGAACACUAAAUUAAAUAAUAAGAAAAAACCAUAUACUAGAAAUUUAUGUUUUUGUUAAAAAAUAUAUUGGUUGGUAUUAUAAUAAAAUACAAUAGUCUCUGAAUUUAUAUUUUUAAUUAGACAGACAUUUAAUGAAACUGCACACUUCUAUAAAUCAAUAUAAUUUAUUUAUUGAAUUCAAAUAUGUCGUUAAAUUGGCAUUAUCUGGUUUUCUUAUUAAUUAUAAUCAAGUAUCUGUUUUUUAUUACUUGACCAUGAUUAAUAAUAAACAAGCAUUUUGUUUUGGGACUGAAAAUCUGAAUACUUUUUCUGUAAUUUAUAGGAUGAAUAAUUUCUUCCACUUAUUAAAAAGCGUUGAUAAUAGAACUGGUAUUUGCUAUUCAAAACUUUUUUGUGAUUUUUUUUUAUUAAGAUAAGAGAAACUACAAUAGAAAAUCGGUAACCAAAUUACUGUAAUUGAAUUCAUAACUGGAUUAACUUUUCCCUACUUAACUUUAAAUAAUUAUGUAUAAUAUUGCUGUUUAAUAAGUAUAAUUUUAAGUUCAAUUGAGGAUGUGAUAUGCUAGUCAUUAGAUUGAAUUUUUUAAACAUAAAGUUAGAAAAAGGUGCUUUUUGUUUUUUUUAAAUAAUGUCUUGUGUAAUCUUUGUUAUCUUUAAUAACUGCAAGUUAAUUUCCUUCAUAUAGAAUAAGUUCAUAUAUAUAUGAUUGCUGUAUUGCUUCUCUUUACUUCAUUGUAGAAAUAUUAUUAUGGUUUAUUUUUCUGAUAUUUUGUUUUUCAUUUUGUUUGCUUUUUAUAAAUUUUAUAUUAAUAUUUAAAUUAUUGUAUUUUCCAUAUGCUUUUUAAAACUUCAUUCAUUGUUUGGUUUGCAAUUCAGCUAAUGAUUUGCUAAAGAAUACAAAUUAUGGCCGAGAAAGACAAUCUGUAAACAUAUUUUUUUUUCACAUUAUAUUCUUUACUUUUGAAAUAAGUUCAUGCAAACUAUUUUUUUAAUUCAGUAAGAUAGAAUUCAAUAGUGAUGAUGAAUGUUAUAAAAAGGAUGCUGACUUGUUUUAUUAAAUUUCUCUUUUAAUUGUU